CUCUUAUGUCACUUCACCAUCAUCAACAUCAGCAUCGGCAUCAGCCACCGACGUAUGAAGACUCGAUCAAGUCAUACUCACCGCCCAAGUAUGACAUGACACCGGCUACAACUAAUUCGACAACUCAUAACUCAAUGGAACUUCCCACAAGUAGCGCCACAACUGCACGCAUCGAAGGAGCUCGUAUGGAAUCCUCACGGCAGACUCCAAUUCUACUUCUCAACAGAUCAAUGUCGGAUUCUUGUCUGAAAUUGCAAAUUGAAGAUGAAGAGGAAGAAGGCAGAAAGAGUGCGAGAUGACUUUCAUUUUAAAUUUAAAAUUAUACAAAUAUUAAUGUAAAAUUACCCAUACAAUUAAGAUCAGGAAAAUAAUGCAAAAAGAAGUAAAUAAAUGAAGAAUUAAAUACAGUUUAA